AUGCCAAAACGAAGUGCGGAAGAAAAAAUCGAGUGUUACGAACGCAAAAUUAGAAAAUUACGUGAACGCGAUAUCGGACAACAUCGCCGAAUACGCGUCAUAUCAUCCGAUUCUUCCAAUAGUGAAGGUCUUGAAGAUGCCGACCAACCUGAGUUAAGCCUUAAAAAUAAUGCGAAGGAUCUCGGGAACUCUUCAGGACAGUGUCCCACACCAUCCAUCAGAGAGCCUGAGCCCAUGCCGGAGCCCGAGCUUACGCCAGAACCUGAGCUCGCAGUGGAGCCAGUGUCUAGACCAGAGACCAGGACAGAGAAACCAUUAGAGCCACUGGCUUUGGAGGCAACCUCGUUGGAACAAAACCCGAACGAUGAAUCAGCCGAACCAGAAUUGGACCCUGAACUUUUAGAAGCCCUCGGUGAAUCCACCAGCGAUACCCCAGAGUUUGGAGAAAGAAUUCACGAGAGUUUAGCCAAAUUGUGGCUUCCUCUACUCGUCAAAGGCUUGCCAAAAGAUAAAAAGGAAAAAAUUUUGAAGGAGUACUUAAUCCCGGACAACUGUAGGUUGCUACAAGCGCCUAAAUUAAACGCAGAGAUAUCAGCAGCAGUUAUAGACUCUGUAAGAAACAGGGAUAAGAUCCUGGUAGUUCACCAACAACAACUAGGGUCGGGGAUAACAGCCAUUAACAGAGCUCUUAAUACUCUCUUAAGUGAGGAUGACAAGAAGAAUGCUAUCCAACAUCUUAGCAAUGCCUGCCGUAUACUAUCGGAUUCACAUACGGUAAAUACGAAUAGCCGCAUAAAGCUCAUUACACCAAACCUGGAUAAGAACUUCCUCCACAUAGUUCAAGAUGCCGUAAGAGACGAAACUUUGUUCGGUAACAAACUUGCAGAAAAGAUCAAGGCAGCCAGAGCAAUUGAACGACAGGGUCUCCAAAUAAAAAAGACUAAUCCGAAACCUUCCAGCUCUUAA